ACAAGAAUCUUCAAGGCAGUGAGCGAUCAGUUGAGUCUUGAACUUGAUUGUGCCAAGUCAGAAACACAAUAUAUAAUAACUUCUUCCUAAUCUUUUAAUCUUCUGCUUUGAUCUCUCUCUCUCUCUCUCUCCCUCUCUUCUCCACUGCAUUGAAGUUAGAGAAAACCGAACCUUCCUUGUUUCUUCAGAUCCAACCUCCUCCCUCUCUAUUUCAUUCUUCCAGCGUGUUGUGAAGAACAUGUUGGAGAAAGUGGAAGAGUUCAACAUGGAGAAGGUGAUCCAAGAGUUUGAGACACUUACAAAAGAUGCCGGAAGGGUUCAGAGGGAAACCCUCAAGAGGAUUCUGGAGGAUAAUGCUUCAGCUGAGUAUUUGCAGAAUUUGGGUCUCAACGGAAGAACUGACCCUGAAAGUUUCAAGGCUUGUGUACCACUUGUUACCCACAAAGAAUUGGAGCCUUAUAUACAUAGAAUCAUUGAUGGAGACACUUCUUCUAUUCUCACUGGAAAACCUAUCACUACUAUGUCAUUAAGCUCUGGCACUACUCAGGGGAAGCCAAAAUAUCUGCCAUGGAAUGAUGAAUUGUUUGAAACCACUAUGCAGAUAUAUCAGACCUCUUUUGCCUAUAGGAAUAGAGAGUUCCCUAUCAAGAAUGGGAAGGCUUUGAGCUUCAUAUACAGCAGCAAACAGUUCAAAACAAAAGGGGGUGUGGCAGCCGGAACUGCCACGACCAAUGUGUUCCGCAAUUCGCGGUACAAGCGGGAGAUGAAGGCACUCCAAUCCCAAUGUUGCAGCCCAGAUGAAGUGAUAUUCGGCCCUGACUUCUUUCAAUCACUCUACUGCCACCUCUUGUGUGGACUAAUCUUCCAUGAAGAAGUUCAGCUUGUUUCGUCCGUAUUUGCACACAGCAUUGUCCAUGCAUUUAGAACAUUCGAACAGGUAUGGGAAGAGCUUUGCACUGAUAUCAAACAAGGUGUCCUCAGCAGCCGGAUCACGGUUCCGUCGAUCCGAGCAGUCAUGUCCAAGCUCCUAAAACCGAACCCAGAGCUUGCCAACCUGAUCCAUGCAAAAUGUGUGGGAUUGAGCAACUGGUAUGGCCUAAUACCGGAGCUUUUUCCUAAUGCAAAGUAUGUGUACGGAAUAAUGACAGGGUCAAUGGAGCCAUAUUUGAAAAAGAUGAGGCAUUAUGCUGGGGAGCUGCCAUUGUUGACCGCUGACUAUGGAUCCUCUGAAGGGUGGAUUGCUGCAAAUGUGAACCCAAGACUUGCACCUGAAUUUGCUACUUAUGCUGUGCUUCCUCAAAUUGGUUACUUUGAAUUCAUUCCACUCACACAGCUUGAAAAUAAUGAUGCUUCUUCUUCUUUCCUCUCUAUUGAUCUCAACCCAGUGGGCCUCUCUGAGGUCAAGGUUGGUGAGGAGUACGAAAUUGUCAUCACCAAUCCAGCAGGUUUAUACAGGUAUAGGCUAGGGGACGUUGUGAAGGUUAUGGGAUUCCAUAACUCAAGUCCAGAACUGAAAUUCGUUCGUCGGAGCAGUCUUCUUCUUACCAUCAACAUUGACAAGAACACGGAGGCGGAUUUGCAGUUGGCGGUGGAAGCAGCGGGGAAAGUGUUGGCAGAGGAGAAACUAGAAGUAGUUGACUUCACCAGCCAUGUUGACUUGUCAAAGGAGCCAGGGCAUUAUGUUAUAUUCUGGGAAAUCAAUGGAGAAGCUAGUGAACAAGUUCUUGGUGAAUGCUGCAACUGUUUGGACAAGUCCUUUGUUGAUGCAGGGUACACUAGCUCCCGCAAGGUCAACUGCAUUGGGCCCCUCGAACUCCGGCUUGUUAGGAGGGGAACAUUCCAGAAGAUUCUAGAACAUUACCUUGGACUUGGAGCUACUGUUAGUCAGUAUAAGACUCCAAGAUGUGUAGGCCCUACAAACUCCACUGUCUUGCAAAUCUUGACUGAUAAUGUUGUCAAAACCUAUCUCAGUACUGCUUUCAAUUGAAAUUAAUAAUAAUAAUAAUUGGCAAUUUUGCAAGCUAA